CCUACCCCCCUCCUUUUGCCGGCCAAAUUUUCAUUAAUUUUUCCCGGCCCCCGCGUUCACGGCACACCGACAACGCCACUAACUCGUACGCGGUCGACGUACCCGUUGCGGUUUUUCGCGUGCGUGCACCAGAGUGGUGUUGCUCAUCGUCGCCGCUGCGGUCGUGUUUUCGGUUCCGGGCCGGAGCGAUUCGCGGGCCCGUUCAGUACGCGUGGUCGCGACCUUGCACAGGUCGUUCGUUCGUCGACCAUCACGUACAGGCCAAUCGGAACGUCGCCGCACCACCGUUUGCCGUCAACAAUACACGGAGAUCCUCGUCGCCGGCAUUGUGUUCACAAGGUGUCCCGGCAGCCGUCGCAGCCGCGCACACAACACCUGCCCGUCCGUCAACACAGUCUUCGAUCACCGCGGACCCACGUGGGCAGAGUGCACUUUCGAUUCCGGAGAGAUGACUUGCAGACCGGCAACCGUUUCGUCGGCCACCCGCCGCGGCCCGUCUGCGACCAGUGGCAGCUUCAAGAGGACAGCGGUGUUUUGGCUGGUGUCCGCAGUUGUAGUGGCUAACGUGAUCAGAUUCGCUGAAUGCCGAGUACUCCAUGAACAGCCGCUCGAAAAAUCCGAUUACCCGAACGACGGACCUGACGGUAGCGAGGACGACGAUUUGGAAAGUUCUGUGGAAGAAGACGACAAGGAAACGGUUGUACCGGCCAUUAUAACAACAGGUCUUACGUUCGAUGUGAGCGAAGGCACGACUGUAAAUCUCCCGUGCAAGGUGCCUGAAAAAGUCGCAAACGAAUUUGCGCUAUUAUGGAUCAAUGGCACCAAGAGCAUAAUGACUGACACUUCUUCGAGUACGACGGACCCUAGAGUCAAAGCAGGAACACCGGCGCCAAAGGGAUCCGGAUUCGUGGAAAACACUCUGGUCAUCGAGCUAGUAACACGAUGGGACUCUGGAUCGUAUACGUGCAAGAUGACGUCUGAACCCCCCGUUAAGAUAACGCACACCCUUCGCGUCACACACCCGGCCAAGAUCUUGUCGGUGCAGGCAACGGGUGGUGUAAAAUCUCAACAGAACGCCUCCGUAGUGAAAAAAAUCACGUUGAAACAAGGCGAUCCUGUGCAGCUGGUGUGUAAUGUGGCGGGAUAUCCAGAACCCACUGUGCAAUGGACAAAAAGGGCAAAGUACAAUCAGCAGCAAGUCAAUGCCGCAGAACAGUCCUCGGGGCUGGAGAGCUCAACAGCGCCCGCGACCGUAGUGGUGUCGAACACGAACGAAGUGCGAAUCGAGACGGUGUCCGCUUACCGCGACGCCGGUUAUUACGAGUGCACCGCGCAUAACGCUGCCUCCGUGGUAACCGUUUCGGAAGACGGGACGUCAGCGAACUCCGCCCGUUCUGGAAUAGAACUGGAAAUCGAUUACCAACCUAACGUGAUGGUUCCCCGACCCGUCGUCAACACUGGCGAAACGUACCCAGCCGUGUUGACGUGCACCGUCAACUCGUUCCCCAAGCCCAAGGUGUCGUGGGAAAAAGAAAUGAUCGCCGCGGACAAUUCGUCGUCGUGGAAACAGCUGGUUAACGAUGCGUCCAACGGACGGUACGAGUUCAUCAGGCAGAUGAACGCGGCCGUCGCAGCGGGCAACGGGAGCGCGGUGCCCGCGGGAACCAAUUACAUUUUGAAAGUGAAACGAGUGGAGAGCUCGCAAGACUUUGGCCGGUACCGGUGCAUUGCCGAAAACAGGGUUGGCAGCACUUACUCGGAACUCAUCACGUUAACUGGUUCGCCGGCCCGACCGCAGAUGUCUUACGUGCAAGUCAAGGCCGUAACGCCCGAGCUGGGAUGGAUCGUGGACAGUUCGUCGCCGCUCGCCGAGUACCAAUUGCAGUACAAGCAGCAACAGGACUCGCAGGCUUCGUGGACGGAUGUGCGGCCGCAGCCUCAGGUGGUCGAGCCCAGCAGUAGCGCGGGUGACGAGCGCCGGUAUACGAUGUCGUACACGUUCGGCGAGGGCCAACACAAUCAGCAGCAGGCCGGUGAACCGGCUCUCGUGCCGCCCACCCUGCAACACGGCAUCACGUACGUGGCCCGUCUCCGGGCUAAGAACAACUACGGCUGGUCCGAUUGGUCGUCCGAAGUCGUGUUCUCCGGUGGAAUGGACGAAGAACAAGAUGCUAACGAAAUAGCUCAGCAAAAUGGUCAACGUAAGGAUGACCAAGUAUUGAAAUCGUCGGUCGGGAGCUCCGGCGUGAGUCAGUACUGCACCGCUACCACCACUGUUGCGUUAACCGUCACCGCAAUGGUCGCGGCUUUCAUUUGUUAGACAGCAGCACAAAGUCCGCGAGCGUCACCACCACCAGGCGCGAACCUCGACCACGAUGUCGGACAACAACAUCCACAACAACAACAACAAUUACAUCAAUACAACUAUUAUAUUAUAAUAUUAAAAUGUACAAGGCGCAACAGGAUCGCUUUACUGUCCGUGUGCACCACAAACGUAACCGAGUUUGAUUGUCAGGCUGGGUUCGGAUCGAUAACAAUAUCGAUUGAAUCGAACGGAUACACUAUAUGUAUAUUAAUAUACGCGCCCUGCCCCUUUAAAACUCCAGUCUCGAGCCUUUUUUUCCCUCUUGAUUGACGGGUGCCGCCGGGGAAACGGAGAUAAAAAUAAAAAAUUAUUUCAUAAUUUCAGUAUCAAAAACCAUAGACAUACUCGAUUAUAUUUACUCACCUUUCUUACUCACCUAUUUACUGCAGGGUACACGGCAUCCCGUGGCUUACUGACAUGACCCCCGUCCUCAUAAAUAUUUCAUUUACUUUAAAUUUUUCCUGAUUUUUUUUUAUUUGUCUAAUAUUCGCAUAACAAAUGUCUCUGUCAGAAAAUAUAUAUACACUAACAUGAUACUAUAUGAUUCAGAGACGUCCGUCCUCUUGACGUUUUUCGCAUCGUCUUGUAAUUAUUAUUAUUUUUAUAUUCGUGUCGUUCAUCCCCGUAGCACGUUGUGUAGCUGAAUUUUUGUUAUUAUUAUACCGCCAUAAAUGUAGUACCGGAUUUUCCGGGUCCUUAACAUUUGUUAUAUCACGUAUUUUCCCGUAAAAACAAAAAAACAAAUUUAAAAAAAUAUUGGCAGUUGAAAGUUAACAGAUUAAAACAUAGUUCCUCGGUGAGUUUAAAUUGUUAUUAAUUCUACAUUUAAAAAUGUUUAAUUUUUUUUUUUCGUUUGCUGAACCUAAAGUUUUUAGUCACUUUCCAGGUUUUAUCGCAAAUAAUGUGUUGGAUUGAAAACUAAAUCAAUCCCUAUACACUAAUACCCAUAUUAUACGCACACACGCACUCGCAUAUAGUACUUUUUUUUUUAUUUAAUGGGAGUAUAUUUUCUACACGUAAGUAUACGCGUCACGCCUAUAUACCUACACACGCGAUUGUCGUAAAUGUCGUGAGCAAAAAUUAAAAAAUAAAAAAAAACAUUAAUUGCUUGUAUCACAUAUUAUUCCGACUGCGGUGAAGUUUUUUCUUUUACAAUAAAUUUAACGAUUAUUUAUUAA